UUACAGGUUCUUUGAGGGGGGGGGGGUCUGUUUAACGGUACUUCUCUAUGUUCGACGUCCCACGGGCGCAGUUCUGUGCCUCUUUUUGAACCAGUAACGAACGCCACUUACUCUGUAAUCGUUUUCUUAUGGAAUUUGUAAUGCUUUUGAGACAUGAGUUAGUUUGUCGGAGGGAGAAGAACCAGCAAGUUUACGUUCGACGGGGCGUGGCUAGAACCGAACGCUCUCAUACGGACUCUUAACUUAACGGUGGAGAGGACGGUUCCUCACAAACCUCAGCACGGAGCCUCGGACGAAGCUAUCCAGCCCCUCCACCGCGAAAGGAAAUGAAGAGGAGGCUGCACAAGAAGUACCUUUUUGUGAUUCUGGUCUACUCUGGGUUACUUUUGCUAAUCCCGUAUAUGCUAGACUACGGGGAUAAAAGCUUUCAACAGGCGAAGCAGGGAUUUACGCAGCAGCAGCCCAGAUGUCCGAAACUGGAGCACACGGUGGCUCUGCUGUGGGAUAACGAGGGCAAAAUCAACGGCAGCGACACGCGGGGCUUCGCCGUCAACCGGAGCCAGCCUCGCGUAAACAUCUACCUCCACGCGACCUGGAGAACGGGCUCGUCGUUUCUGGGAGAGCUGUUCAACCAGCACGCCGAUGUUUUCUACUUGUACGAGCCGAUGUGGCACAUAUGGCAGGCGCUGUACCCGGGGGACGGGGAGAGUCUGCAGGGCGCCGUGCGGGACAUGCUGAACGCCCUGUACCGCUGCGACUUCUCCGUCCUCAAACUUUACGCGGACUCGCAGAACCUCACGACGUCCUUCAUCUUUGGCUGGAAGAUGAACACGGUGAUUUGCUCCGAGCCGCUGUGCCAGGGGCGCAAGCGGGUCGAAAUUGGACUGGUGGACGAGGAGCGGUGCUCGAAGUGUCCACGGAGGGACAUCAGGGAGCUGGAGCGAGAGUGUAAAAAGUACCCGGUGAUGGUGAUCAAAGGAGUGCGCGUUCUGGACCUGAGCACGAUGGUUCCCCUUAUAAAAGACCCGGCGAUAAACCUUAAGAUCAUUCAGCUCUUCAGGGACCCGAGGGCCGUGCACAACUCGCGCCUGAAGUCCAGAGCGGCCCUGGUGAGGGAGAGCAUCCAGGUCCUGAGGAGCAAGAAGGAGGGCGACAAGUACAAGCGCCUGCUCGCUCCGAACAACCGGAUGAACCGCGCGGAGACCUACGUCUCCAGCGCCAUGGAGGUCAUCUGUGACAACUGGCUCAGUGACAUCAUGCUGGUGGUGAACUCUCCCCCCUGGCUGAGGAGGAACUACCUCCGCCUUCGCUACGAGGACCUGGUUCUGCAGCCGCUGGAUGUGCUCCAGAGCCUCCUGCACUACUCCAACCUGUCCAGCUUCCACGCCCUGGAGAGGUUUGCCGUGAACAUGACGCACGGCCGGGGCUACUCCUCAGACAAGCCGUUUCUGGUGUCCUCCAGGGAUGCGAAAGAAGCCAUUUAUGCCUGGAGAGAGCGGCUCAGCGUGGGGCAGAUCAAUCAGGUGGAAGCCUACUGUAGUGAAGUCAUGAAACACCUGGGGUAUCUGAAGAACAGCACUGAGAAAAAGCUUAAGGUUGCAUCGUGACGGAGCCAGGGGUAAAGGAGCCUGAUAUUCGAGUCUCAUGGCAAAAGGUGGAACAAGCGACUGGAAUGUGGGCCACUGGGAACUGGGAAGCGCGACCCCACGGCUGUUGUUGCUCGGCCGGCCCGAGUCAACAGUGGAGGAGCAGCAGCCAGUCACAAGGAAGAAGGCAGCUUAUUUUUACACAUCACCUGUGUUACACCAGCAGGGGCUGAGCACACGGAGGAAUGUGGGGAGGGGGAAGACACAAAAAGAGCAGGCUUGAGCUGCCGUUACACUGGGCAGACUCUAUAGUUCUGUCCUUUUAUCAGCACUAAUCUAUCCCUAAAUCCCCUGCAGCCGAGCGCCAUAAAAAGCCAGAGACGAGUCCUCUGGAGGCAACUGCCUGCGUCCACGGUGGCAACACUGGCUUCACGCUCUCCUGCAAGACUUCUCAUCUCACCACUGAGCAUGGUGGUGGGCUCAAAUAUUAAUUCUGCCUAACUGCAGUUGGCUCAUUAACAGUGAUCUCAUAGAGCUUAGUGUUCUUUUACAGCGGGCCGACUUAAGAAUCAUUCCAGCCGCUCAGGACGCCGUACAGCUGCAGCACCCCACUGACAAAACUCUCCUGUGGGUGUGAAGUCUUCUAUGGACGCGCGUCUGUCCUCCGACAGCGCACUCUUUGUUAAUGUGUUCAUAACAGAUGGUACAAAUUCUCACUUUGUAUGGUUUUUGUUUUUUCUAAAUGUUACACAUUUGUGAUCCCCCUUGUCCGGUGUUGAGGAGGGGACGUAGUGUUCUUUGGCAUUAAGAUGUUCAAUUUUAAGUUGGUUUAGUUGUUUUAAAUAAAGUAUGUGAGAAAGUUCUGUUGAGGAAUUAACUACUAGUUCAACUGAUUAAAAAAACAAACUUAAUCAAAGGUGAUGUGAUUAUUGUGUAAAGCAACGCUGACAGGUUUGAUUUUUUUUGUUGAUUUAAUUUUACAUAAAUUCAUACUUACUGUGAAUAUCUGAUUUAGGUGUGGGUCAAAUUCAAGGGGUUAAUCAUCAUAAUAGGCUCAAUAAGAUCAAAGAUUAUUAUUAUUAUUAUAAUUUAUUUUUAUUUGGGUUUAUUGUUUAUCUAAACCUAAACAGAACCAUUUUCUUUGCAGUGUGACAAGCUCACAUAUGGCGGUAUCCUUUAAUGAACCUAACUUGCUUGGUUGUCAGCAGAUAGAAUGUCACACUGCUGCACGCACACACUCUCCGAUCUCACACAGUAUGUGCAUUUUGUCAGGUCACAUGCUGGGAGCAAUGAAACACGUUGAUAAAAAUGCAGGUAAUGCUAUUGUUUGGAAUACAAAUAGAUAUUUUUAUUAACAUAUCAUCAUGCAAAUUGCGGUGAGUGGGACGUUGCAAGUCGUUUGCCACUAUAAACAACAGGUGCACACGCAGACAACUGGGCUACAUAUUAUAGUUCUCAGCUAUGGAGAGCAUGUAAAUAUAGCUGGAGGGACAUGGAGGGAGCAUCCAGACUGGUUAUGUAAGCGUGCUCCGCUUAAGUGAAAGUUUGCUCAUUCAUUUUCCCCAACCAGCAAACACGUCGUCCAUCGUCUUAUUGUCAAAAACACUGUCUCCAGAUGGUUUAUCCUGGACACAGCGACAAAUGCAACGUCCAGUUCCGUCUUCUGCUGCAUUUAUUAGUAGAUACAACAUGAACUGUUGGAAAAUCCUCCAAAAAUAUGAUUGUAGGAAGGGAAAAGGAAAAACGUUUCAAGUUCCACAUCCCAGAGAUAAUUCUAUAUGAAGGUGUGCGCUUGUCAGUCAUAUCACGGAUGAUGUGACCAUACAGUGAGAAAAAAUCAUUCAAUAGGUUUAUAUAGAUGCUCUAUAUGAAAACAAGCAUCCACAUCGGUUUAUUUUAGGAGAGCACAGAUUUGUUUGAACUUAAAUGACCCACGGUUCCUAAUUGACUAGAUUGACUAGUUCCCCCCCAGCAUAAUUUGUGGCCCGCCUCUACAUUUGUUUAGCCAGCGUGAUGAGGGAAACACCCCAAACCAGUGAUGAACUGCCUGACUUCAUAGUUGCAUUGUAAUUAAGAUGCUCUGUAAAUUACUCCCUGUUAGUAGAGAGUGUUUUUUGUGGUAACGUCUAAUAAACAGUGGACGGAG